AUGAGAAUACACACGGGUGAAAAGCCUUACAAAUGUACAGAGUGUGGCAAAGGAUUUAGUCAAAAUCAACACUUACAGCGACAUAUAAAAACACACAGUGACGAAAAACUUUACAAAUGUGAAGUGUGCAAUAAAAGGUUUACUGUGCGGCAAAAUUUGAGAAGUCAUAAAAGAAUACACGAUAAAGUCUACAAAUGUGCUAUAUGUGACCAAGUGUUCUCUUGGAAAGAUGCCUUAAAGAUACACACGAAAACGCACGGAGAUAAACCUUACAAAUGUGAUAUAUGUGAUAAAGGUUUUAAAAACUUUAAUCAUUUCACAUGCAAUGUAUGUGGUAAAAUGUUUAAUAUGAAAGGAAACCUUCAGAAACACGAGAGAACACAUGGGGGAGAAAAACCAUAUUAUUGUAAUGUAUGUGGAAAAUCAUUUGUGUCAAGCGGUUAUGUAAAGAAACACAUGAUUACUCACACUAAAGAGAAACCUUUUCAGUGUGACGUAUGUGGGAAAAAAUUUAGUUGCAAUGUCAGCUUAAAAAAACAUGGUUUAUUACACAAUAAUGAAGACCCAACACUUGAGGGCACAGUGGACUCAAAACUGUGA